GCACCGGUUGGUUGGUGCAUCCUUGCCCUACAGUUACUUCCCCGUUCGUGCGCGGCCGCAAUGGGGCUUUGAUCCAGUACCACGCUCUCGCGACUGCCCAACAUUCUGGGGCGAUCUCACAUCAUGCUGCCAGAGUCAGACACCAAUGAGAUCUCUGACGUGUGCAGUUCCACCUGCGAGUCGGAAGGUCCUGUGCGAGAACGGCUGGUGAACAAGAAGUUCUUGGCAGCGGCGCUGGGCAACUGGUUGGAAUGGUAUGACUUUGGGGUUUAUGCUGCUGUGCCUGACAUCUUGGGGGCGCACUUCUUUCCUCAAAGCGACCCAUCAGUUCAGAUCAUGCACUCCUUCAUGGCCUUCGCUGCCGGCUACCUCACACGCCCCGUGGGUGGAGUUCUCAUCGGCACCCUGGGGGACACGGUCGGGCGCAAAUGCGCUCUAUGGACGUCCAUGUUGUUGAUGAUGUGUCCCACCGUCUUCAUUGGCUGCUUGCCCACCUAUGCGCAGAUUGGUGGUCUCUCUACCGCUCUGCUGGUGGGCCUGCGUCUCCUACAGGGCAUCGCCGUUGGAGGCGAGUACGUGAGCGCACUGGUCUUCAGCAUGGAACAUGCCCGCUCGGGGCAGAAGACAGUCUCUGGUGCGCUAAUGUCCAUCUCAGUGGCUUUGGGCACCUUCAGUGGCUUUGGCGUGGUAAGUCUUCUGCAGUGGCUCCUGAGUGAAGCGCAGAUGCAGAGCUUCGGCUGGCGCAUUUGCUUCUGGCUGGGUCUGGUCGUGGGAGUGGUCGGGCUCUUCUUGCGAAGCCAGGUCUCGGAGCCAGAGGAAUAUAUGGAGGCCAGGCAGGUUGGACAGCUGGUGCAGCAUCCCUUGUGGUCGCUCGGGCAGAAGCACUGGGACUCGGUGCUUUUGAUGGUGGGCACUCAAGCCAUCACCCCAGCUGCCUGGUACCAAAAUUUUAUUUGGAUCCUUCAACUCUAUGAGGGAAAGAUGUCGCAUCAGAAACCCAUUCUGGGAGCUGCUGAACUGAACACUGCCAUGCAACUGGCGCCUUCCAUGCUGGUGUUAUUCAUCGCUUUCUUUCGGAGCAACUUCGAUUUCAGCUGUUCAGUCCGCUUGGGAAUGAUCUGGUGGUACAAGGGCUUACUGUACCACAAUUUUUCCAUCAACUGGCAAGGGUGCAGCGCACAUUGAGGCUGGCACUCUGUGCCCUUCCAGGCUACUGGCUGGUGUCCCUCCGUGGCUUUUGGUCCGCCCUGGGCGCUCAAGCACUCUUCGCCUUGGGUGCAGGAUUCGUAGCCUGGGGGAAUCCCUUCCUCAUGCACAGCUCCUUUCCGGUUCAAGUGCGGGUGGUGGCCAUGGGCGUGAGCUACAACCUGGCUGCGGCCAUCUUCGGAGGGCCCACGCCCUAUAUUUGUUCGCAGCUUCUGGUUCAUUGGGGCGUCUUGGCUCCCGCGCUGUGGCUUUUGUUUGUCUCACUGUUGUCAUUUUCCUGCAUGCUGGUGCUGCAAUGUCGGCAAGACCGGAUCAGAUUAACAGGCCAGUAAUGUACAGGUACCUGCUUCCGCUGUUUGCGGAGGGGCAGUCCGCAGAAGUAAAGACUAAAAGCAUGUUUGCUG